AUGUCAUCGUCGUCACCUUUUGCCUGGCUGCGCCGCGUCUGCCUUGACGAGUACGGUUGGAACUUUGCCCUGCCGACGUUGGUCAUUUCGUCUGCAGUACUCUCCGAGACCAUCAUCAGACGCAUCAGCUUCACCGAGAUCGAUUUUCAGACCUACUUGGGUCAAGCCGCCCUCUUUCUCGAUGGCCAGCGCGACUAUACAAAGCUCGAUCCACCGGGCGGUAGUGGGCCUUGCGUCUACCCAGCAGCCCACAUCUAUCUCUAUUCUUUCCUUCACUGGCUCACAGAUGGCGGCGCACGCAUCCUGCCCGCACAGCAUUUCUUUGCCACGCUUUUGGAUGCCAACAACGUGCUCGUAGCCCUGCUUUACCGCCGCGCAGGCUUGCCUCCACUCGCCGUCCUGCCCUUGGUUCUGUCAAAGAGGAUCUAUUCCAUCUUCCUGCUGCGAAUGUUCAACGAUCCCGUGGCCAUCUUCUUUGUCUAUCUUGCGCUCUUCACCGCAACCAGCGCAAGGUGGAAGCUCUCGGCGCUCCUCUUCAGCAUCGGACUGGGCAUCAAAAUGAACGUUCUCCUCUUCCUUCCGGGCAUCGCCGCCGCCGCCUUCGUCUUCACCGGCAUCAGAGGUAUCAUCUCCUAUCUCGCCGUGGUUGCCCUGAUUCAAGCUUUGCUGUCCAUGCCUUUCACGCUGCACGAUCCACAUGCCUACUUCAACCGUGCGUUCGACUUUUCGCGAGCCUUUCUCUACGUGUGGACGGUCAAUUGGCGAUUUGUCCCCGAACAAAUCUUCUCGUCUACUCGCUUUGCCCAUGGCCUCCUUGCGCUUCACCUGCUUUUGCUCGCCCUCUUCGGCCUCUUUCGCUGGACAGGCGUGGGGUCUCAAGGCCCCAAGUGGGUGUUGCGCAGCCUCUCAACGACCCCACGUAAGCUCUCCACGUCUCAACAGGCCGCGCUUCUCUACUGUGCCUGUUCUUCGAACGUCAUUGGAGUGCUUUGCUCUCGAAGCUUGCACUAUCAAUUCUACUCCUGGUACUUUCACCAGGUUCCCCUCCUUCUGUGGUCCUCCAAGCUCCCGCUCGUCGUCAAGAUUCUGUUGCCAGCAGUGCUCGAAUGGUGCUGGAACGUCUUUCCCUCCACAGAGCUUUCAUCGCAGCUCCUCCUGGCUUGCCAUGUCGUGCUCGUACUUGGCUGCUUCACCCUGCCCGGCCUGGUCGAAACUCGGUGUGACCCCCUUCCCGCGUCUCACGACCACGAAGAGGACGAAGUGGACGACUUGCUUAUGACCGAUGAUCUCCGCGCUACUCGAGCCAAGUCCAUAGAGGCAGAUACGCACACUGUGUCGUCUGAUGCUGACGCAGUCAACGCAGCUGACGAGCUUCAAGAGGCUAUGCUGCGUCAUGUGCAGAUCCGAGAAGCAAAGGAGAAGAAGGAGGCAAAGCUGCGAAAGGCCUUUCGACGUCGCAUUGCCACGCGUCGUCGCGUGCUGUCACUCCUCGGCAAACUGUUCCUCCUUCUUCGUCCGAUCCUUGUGCUGGCCAGCAUUAUCCUCAUCUUCGUCGUGCCCCAUCCUCGCUCUCCCGUUUCCAAAGCCACCUACGUUGAUGAAAACGCCCUUCAGCCCGGUCAGGCUCGCGUCUACUGGGACUACUUUGACGUCACAUACGCCGACAUGCUGUCCGAAAAAGUCGCACUCUUGGCCGACUCCAGCAGUGCGGAGCGGGCUGAAUUCGCGUACAAGGAGCUGCAGUCGUACGGCCUCGAGGCGAAUCGCCAGUCCUAUCUUUACGACGCAACUUCUCUCGGUCAAGACCCCGCGCGUUCGGGUACCAACGUCUACGCGAGGUCGGCUACGCCGCGUAUAGAUGGUCGGGAAGCAGUCAUUCUCACAGCGAGCUGGCGCAGCCGUUGGCAAGGCCAAGACGAUCCGUUUGCGCCUACGGAUAAUUUGACCGAUUCGGCCAACAUCGACCUGAGAGGGCGCAUCAAUGUCCGCGGUGUGGCGUCUAUUCUCGCACUCGCUCGCUACCUAUCUACGCAAGCGCAUCUGAGCAAAGACCUCAUCUUUGUCAUUUCCGAUGGUCAUCUUGAAGGGAUUCAUGCCUGGUCAUCAGCUUACUUUGGCAGCAAAUCCGAAGGGCUCAGAGCGGAAUCCGUGUCUGCUGGAGGCUCGCAGGUCUGGAACGCAAUCUCGAUCGACUAUCCUGCCGAUUCCUUCUCGUCGCUCGAGGUUCAGUACGAAGGCUUCGACGGACAAUUGCCAAACAUGGACGUCGUCAACACCAUCGUGCGCAUAGCAGAUAGCGUUGCUGGAGGCAUGCCACUGACAUUUGGUCAGAAGGCAGCUUCUUCGUACUUGAAAGAGCCGGUGCAGAGAUUGGCCGAACGAUGGGGUGUUCGACUUCGUUCGGAUGUCGAAUACGAACUCGGCAACUACGAGAACGGUCUUCGCGCAGCGCUUCGGCAGGUCGGCUUUGGCAUCGCUGGACGAGCCAGUGGUCCACACGGAUUUUUCCAGCGACAUCACGUAGACGCCAUCACGCUCUACGCGGUUCCUGCCACCGGUCCGUACGGCUUCUUCCACAUGGGCAGACUCAUCGAGUCGUUUGUACGUUCCAUGUCGAAUUUGCUCGAAAGACUUCAUCAUUCGCAAUUCUUCUAUCUGCUCCUCAAUCCCCGCAGAUUCGUACCCAUCGGCACAACGAUUUUGAUUCCAUUAUUGCUAUCUAUCGCGCUCACCAUCAGCGGCCUCGCGCUUUGGUUCGCCGAGGAGAAGGUCUCAAAGCAGGAGCGCGAGACUGUUAUCCUGAGCCUCUCGCAGAUCUCGGACGAAGCCGGCGACGUACAGCCAGAGACGCCGACGAUGGGCUGGUACCGAGACCAGAUUGUGCGGAGUCACUUCGCCAAUGAAGCCGAGAAUCGGGGAGACAGGCAGCUCGAUGAGCUUGCUGAUCGCCUCAGGGAGUCGAUGAGGCCGAUUGCUACCACUCUCGGCUGCGUCGGGUCAACCGUGCUGGCGGGUGUAGGGUUGCUCGUUUGCAACGAUAUGCUACUUGCAGAGCUGAGUGGAGGAAACAGAGAAAGGGCGACGACAGUGGCUGCAGCCGGCGCUGCUCUCGUGUUGCUCCCGAUAGGCGGGGCUUUCAUCCUUCGCUCCCGUUCUGGCGUAAAGCGCGCCCGUAGGAUAGGCUCGCUCCUGCUCGCCUUUGCUUACCUCCAAGCGGGCAUGCUGGUGGCUGUCCUGAGCGUGUUGAAUUUCGCGUUGGCUGCGUCCUUAGCGUUGCUGACGUAUUCCGCUCUCAGAAUCGCUUCCGGCAGACCAGCAUCAAGUGGAAGCGUGUCCUCCGCCCGCCGGUUAGGAUUCGUGCGAGCCGCAGCGGUCCUCGCUUUGAGCCCCACCGUCGUGGUCACAUUGCUGCAAUCCUCCCUCCGCGAGACGCUUCAGCCCGAGAUCAUGGCGCUGGUGAAGCACUGGAAGCUCUUCAACGCAGCCACCGUACCCAUUCUGUGUGUAGCGUACCUCCCCAUCACUCUGCAGGCCCAGCUCGGAGCGUUUCUCAAAAUCUAG